GUCAUAAUCAGUGGUUUGCGCUGGACACCCCUCGAUACGCGCACAGAUUAGGCACACAGUUCUAUGAGAGUUUCGUCGCGUCCAUUUCGAAUCAAACGUCAAACGCAAUUUCUGUUUUCCCUCGCUGAUAAACUUGUUCAAAACGGCUCAAUUCAAAGAAUUUUUCGCGAAUAUGCCUUCUGAGGCUGGCGGUUUCCUGAAGGACUUCUUGGCGGGUGGAAUAUCGGCCGCAGUGGCCAAAACGGCGGUCGCGCCAAUCGAGAGAGUGAAGUUGAUCCUGCAGGUGCAAGCGGCGUCCCAACAGAUAGCAAGCAGUGCCCAGUACAAAGGGAUGGUUGACGCUUUCGUGAGGAUCCCGAAGGAGCAGGGAUACCUGAGCCUGUGGCGCGGGAACUUGGCGAACGUUCUGAGGUAUUUCCCCACCCAAGCUUUGAACUUCGCGUUCAAGGACGUCUACAAGCAGAUCUUCAUGAGCGGCGUGGACAAGGAGAAACAGUUUUGGAAGUAUUUCGCCGCCAAUUUGGCCUCUGGAGGAGCGGCUGGGGCGACUUCCCUGUGCUUCGUUUACCCCCUGGAUUUCGCUAGGACUCGAUUGGGAGCCGACGUUGGAAAGACCUCCGGCGACAGGCAGUACAGGGGACUGGUGGACUGCAUCACGAAAACGUUCAAAUCGGACGGACCGAUCGGAUUGUACAGAGGCUUCGUGGUGUCGGUGCAAGGUAUCGUGAUAUACAGGGCCGCCUAUUUCGGAAUGUUCGACACGUUCAAGGGGAUGCUUCCGAAUCCGAAGAACACCCCUUUCAUCGUCUCCUUCCUGAUAGCGGAAGCUGUGACCACGACGGCCGGUAUCAUCUCGUAUCCUUUUGACACCGUCCGGAGACGUAUGAUGAUGCAGUCCGGCAGGAAGAAGGCGGAUAUCAUGUAUAAGAACACGUUGGACUGCUGGAUGAAGAUCUCGAAGAACGAGGGGCCGGGUGCCUUCUUCAAGGGGGCGUUCUCGAAUAUACUGAGAGGAACCGGAGGUGCCUUGGUGUUGGUGUUUUACGACGAGCUGAAGAAAUUGUUUUGAAUGUAUCCCGAGUGUUCAAGGUUCUUUUGUAUAUUGUUAAUUUUCUUAUUAUCAACCUCAUUCUACUCGUAUUCUUAAGUAUAGUCAUGUUUUGUUAGAGAAGUAUAACAGUAACAGUUUUUGCAGAGUUGUAAUGGUUUAUUUACAUAUUAAAUAGUUUCAGAGUU